UCGUCGAGUAAAAAUCAUCCAACAUUGACUAGUUUUGUUUCUAUUCUGAACCAUUCAGCAAUUCCCAUAGACUGCCCCAGUCCAUUCAAAGCGGUCUGGGACUGGAUUAUAUUGCUGCUCGUUAUAUAUACGGCAGUAUUCACACCGUACGUUGCUGCCUUUCUUCUCAGAGAACUCCAAGAUACCUCACGUAAGGCUCGAUUUUCGGAGCCCUUGGAAAUCGUGGAUUUGAUAGUGGAUAUUAUGUUUAUAGUGGACAUUAUUAUUAACUUUCGCACUACAUACGUCAAUGAGAAUGAUGAAGUAGUGUCGCACCCGGGUAAAAUUGCCAUCCACUACUUCAAGGGAUGGUUCGUCAUAGAUAUGAUAGCUGCCGUGCCAUUCGAUCUGUUAUUAGUGAAUACUAAUAGUGAUGAAACCACCACGCUUAUUGGCUUACUGAAAACUGCUCGAUUGUUACGGUUAGUACGGGUAGCAAGGAAAUUAGAUAGGUAUUCCGAGUAUGGCGCUGCCGUGUUGUUACUUUUAAUGGCAACGUUCGCCCUUAUCGCUCACUGGUUAGCAUGUAUAUGGUAUGCGAUUGGAAGUGCCGAAUUACCACAUAAGCGCGAAAUUACGUGGUUACAUCAAUUAUCACGACAUCUGAACGAGCCAUAUUUGUCGACAAACGGCACGGUACCAACGGGUGGACCGUCGUUAAAGAGUCGAUAUGUGACGUCAUUAUAUUUUACACUGUCGACGAUUACUUCAAUAGGUUUGUUGAAUUUUACAAAUAUCAGAGAGAAUUCAUUGGGUGCAAGAAAAAAGGCCUAUCACACGGAAAUGUCACGAUUGCGUGAGUUCAUCCGUUUCCAUCAGAUUCCAAAUCCGUUACGGCAGCGGCUUGAGGAAUACUUUCAGCAUGCCUGGUCAUACACCAACGGCAUAGACAUGAACCUGGUGUUGAAAGGUUUCCCGGACUGUUUACAAGCGGAUAUUUGUCUACAUCUAAAUCGGAAUCUUUUAAAUAGUUGUCCUGCAUUUGCUGGUUCAUCACCUGGAUGUUUACGAGCGUUAAGUAUGCGAUUUCGAACAACUCAUGCUCCACCUGGUGAUACGCUGGUACAUCGUGGUGAUAUACUUACCGGAUUGCAUUUCAUCGCUAGAGGUAGCGUGGAGAUCCUAAAUGACGACAACACCGUCAUGGGUAUUCUCGGAAAGGACGACAUAUUCGGCGAGAAUCCGCUACUGUACGAAGAUGUAGGAAAGUCAUCGUGUAAUGUCCGAGCAUUGACGUACUGUGAUUUGCACAAGAUUCUCAGGGACGAUUUGUUGGACGUGCUCGACAUGUAUCCAGAAUUUGCGGAAAAUUUUUGUAAAAAUCUCAUCAUUACCUACAAUCUUCGAGAUGAAUCACAAUCAACGCGAAAACGAUUUGAUCGUCAUAAACUUUUGCGGAUGUCAUCGUCUCUGAACAAAGAUCGAUACGGUACGCCCGUAGAUGGUUCGUCGUGGGCUUGUCUUUCCUAUUACUCAGUCUCCCGAACCGAUUCCAAUCCAAUGGAUCGACGACAAUCUGGUGGGUCACGAGGCUCGUCGCGAUAUUCGCCACCGCAUGUUCGCGCCGAAGCGACACCAUUAUUGCGACGCGCACAGCAUGACAACGAUGACGACGCUGUCUUCGAGGAUAUUCGCGCGUUCUCGCGCGGCAACACCGUAACCGUAUCGCCUACCGUACAUCACGACUCCAAUGGAAAUGGUGUGUUAAAUAAAUACCAAUUGGAGCGGAUGCAAAACAAGAUGAACACAGAUUUUGAAUUGCUGAUUCGAUUGAUGAAGGAGCACGGGAAAGCACCCUCGUCCUCUGAUGGUAAUUCACUAUUAAUUGUACUCAUUGUUUAUCGAAUUUCGUUUGAAAUGUCUGACAAAGUUGAGAGAAAAAUUGAUUUCAAUGGAGUUAUCGUGCUGGGAUCAAGGCUGUGCCCAGGAAGCGUUCCAGGGCAACCCCUUAGAUGUGGACGAUGGAAGAUUCGGAGUUAA